CUAAACCCAAUAUUACUUCUCAUUACAAAAUGAGUUCAUUUACCCAAAACAACCAUCUUUUAGUUCUGCUCCUUGUUUUAACUGUGUGGACAUGCCACGUAAUGUCUCGCAGGUUGCCUCAGGCAACCUCGUCAGAGAGACAUGAGAACUGGAUGGCACAGUAUGGUAAGGUUUACAAGGAUGCUGCUGAGAAGGAAAAACGUUUCCAGAUAUUCAAGGACAAUGUGGAGUUCAUUGAAUCAUUCAAUGCUGCUGGGGACAAAUCUUUCAACCUUAGCAUCAACCAAUUUGCAGACCUACAUAAUGAAGAGUUUAAGGCAUUACUAAUUAAUGGUCAGAAGAAUGCAAAUAUGGUUGAGACAGUAACAGAAACAUCGUUUAGGUAUGACAAUAUAACUAAGGUUCCUGCUAGCAUGGACUGGAGGACAAGAGGUGCUGUUACUCCAAUCAAGGACCAAGGCAGAUGUGGUAGUUGCUGGGCGUUUUCAACUGUGGCUACGAUCGAGGGUCUCCACCAAAUAACUACAGGUGAAUUGGUGUCCCUAUCAGAACAAGAACUGGUGGAUUGUGUUGAAGGAAUGAGUGAAGGAUGCAAAGGUGGUUAUAUGGAGGAUGCCUUUGAAUUUGUUGCGAAGAAAGGGGGAUUAGCAACUGAAGAAUAUUACCCCUACAGGGAAAACAAUAAGACUUGUAAAGUCAAGAAGGAAGGUCAUGGUGUUGCUGAGAUUAAAGGGUAUGAGAAAGUUACUGCUAACAGUGAAAAAGCACUGCUGAAAGCUGUGGCACAUCAACCAGUGUCAGUCUAUAUUGACGGUGGAGAUUCUGCUUUCCAAUUCUACUCAAGUGGGAUAUUUACAGGAAAGUGUGGAACUCGUCUAAACCAUGCUGUUGCAGUAGUUGGUUAUGGGAAAGCUCGUGGUGCUGGUAAGUAUUGGAUAGUGAAGAAUUCAUGGAGCAGAAAAUGGGGUGAGAAAGGGUACAUAAGGAUGAAGAGAGAUAUACGUGCCAAGGAAGGUUUAUGUGGAAUUGCCAUGAAUGCUGCUUAUCCUAUUGCUUGAGUACUUUAAAGUAUAUGCAUGCAUUUUGGAUCUCUCUGAUCUUCAUCUUCUUUUCUAGUUAUCUAUUGUUCCUAUUUAGUUGUUUGUUUUUGUUUUCUGUGUUGUCUAUG